UGCGGCGAGGAGCUGCCGAGACUGUGGCGCGUCCCCGCCGCGCUCUACCGCCGCCGCUCCGCCAUGUGGGUGCUGGGGGCUUGGGUGCUGCUGAGCGCCGCCGGCGCCGGUUCUGCUCAAUUGCUGUUUCGCCCAACCACGUUUGUUGAAAAAAAUAUCUGUAAUGAAAGUGUCCUCUUACCUUGCAUUGUGACUAAUCUGCAAGCAAACAACAAAAAGGUCAUGUAUGUUCAGUGGAAAAUACAAGGAAAAUUAUUUUUUUCUUUUGAUGGAACACAGCAGGCUGUCAGGGAUCCCUUGUUUUCAUCAGCUAAGUUAGUAUCUGAAUCGGAUUUAUCCAAGGGUGAUGCCUCUAUAUUACUUGACAAGGAACAAGCAAUUCUUGGAAAUUACAGUUGUGAAGUGACAGAAUCAAACAGAGAAGGAGAAACUAUAGUUGCGCUUAAGAACAGUACAGUUGUCAGUUGCGACGAGGAAAAUAUCUCAACACCAGAGGAAAAAUGUGGAUCAUGGUUUCUUCCAGUGGAAAGUGCUUGCAUCAUAGUGCUGCUAUUCUUAGCUAUUAUUUUUUGUUGGGCUCAGUUAAGUGUGAUUGCAUCAAAAAUAGAAACUGCACUGCAGAAGAGAAUCAGCAUUAUUGUAGCAUGUGGCAUCUUCACAGUUGUUGCUGUUGUAGGUGUUAUUUUUUUUGUACCAGGUGGCUAUACUCCAGGAAGUCAAGCUGGACUUGGUUUAAUUGUGGUCCCUACUGUGAUCUUAAUGCCACUUCAAUACUUUCUAUUUGGAAUGGUUUUGGAUAGUCUGUCAAAAACAGCAUAUGCUCUGAUAAGUUUGGAAUCUCUUGGUUAUAUAAUUGCUGUGACUGGUUUUGCACUGUGUGUCUCAGUCUGUCCUGUGUUACAUGCGUCUGUUGUGAUUGCUGGCUUAGCUAUUAUGGCUAUUGGAGCUUUGCUUAGUCUGGUUUAUGUGUGUAUUGUGGGUUCCCGCAUAAGAGAUCAUCAACCUCCAAGGAAAGCUGUAGAAGAACCAUUAAAUGAUGCAAAAGGAGUGAUGUUAGAACGAUGUGUAACUAAAGAGAAGAACUGAAUCUGCUGCAGAGGUGGGUGAUGUGUGGAAAGAAAUUCACCGUUGUUUAUACACCGUGGCCUUGAAGAUGCACUACUCAAAGAGAAGAAAUUCAGGAAACUAGCUGUUUUGCAUGUGUGGCAAAAGUGCUUUUGAUAUAAAUGAUGUAAUUUUGUAGUCACAGCAGCUGUAGCAAGGAACAUGUAUGCCGACCCACAUGUGAUCUUUAUUUUCUUUUAUUAUGGUAUAUAUGGUGUGAUUGAGGGUGAGACUAUAAAAAGCACUGUUUGCCCACCACAGGGUCUUCCUGUAGUAUCCUUAGUGGUAUUAUUUUCAAAACCAUCAUCUGUCACUGCUUUGAUAAUGGGCCUGCUUGGCCCCAAAAUUGCAAUACCAUUUAGAUUGUUUUCUUUAUUUGUGUGCAUGGGCAAGGUAUGGUCAUAUGUCUUUAAUAUGAGCAGGAAGUAGGAUUUGUACAAAUAUUUCUUUUCUGACAUUCAGCAGAACUUGCAGGAAAAAAAUUGUUUUUACAUGAAAUUAAAUAAAUACAAAGUUUACUCCCA